UUAUUAUUGGAGAUGCUUUUGUAAGUUUCGGUAAAGCAAUAUGCCAAAUAUAGAGAAAAAGGAUAAAGGUUGAAGAGAGAGAAAAAGAUAGAGGUUGAAGAUGAUCGUCAAUCUCUUAUCGAUGCGCACAAGCUGAAAAAAUAAUGGAGGCUCGCUCUCACUAAGCUCCCUGUUUGCUAAAUCGCAACUAAUCCGAUGCAAAAUAUUUGUAGAAGAAGAGAGAAUAGAGGGUUCAACGCAGAGGCAGAACAACAGCUGCCCCACCAAGCGCCGUCCUGUCGGAGAUGGCAGCUGCGGCUCCGGCGGCGUGCAAGGGGAAACGAAAGCGGCACCUCUCCGAGGACGACGUCUGGCUCCUCCUCCACAGGUACCAUCCAGGGACGAUCCUGACGGCGCUGCAGGAGGUGGCGCAGCACGCGGAUGGCCGGCGCAUAGACUGGAGGGCGGUGGUGGCGAAGUCGGCCACGGGGAUCACCUCCGCCCGCGAGUACCAGAUGCUCUGGCGCCACUUCGCCUAUCAUCACGACGUAGACGAGAGCGUCGACGCCGAUGACCAGCCUCUGGACGAUGACAGUGACCUAGAACUGGAGCUUGAACCCGAUCCCAACCUGACCAAGGAAGCUUUAUGUGAGGCCUCUGCAUUAGCCAAGGCGCUAAUAUCUGGAUCUUCACAAGCCUCUGGUCAUCGUAUUAACUUGGAUACUCAUGUUCUGAACACCCGAAAUGAAAAGAUAGUGCGGGUUCCAUCUGAGAAACAGCUUGCUCAAAGUCAUCGUGUAACAAAUGUUGCAGGUCCUGUUUCCAAUUCAAAACAGUUAGCCCAUAUAGGACCCUCUGCUGGUCUUUUGGAUCCAAAUGGACCUUCAAAAAAGAGGAAAAAGCCAAAAGCAUGGUCUAAAGAGGAAGAUGCAGACCUGGCAGCUGGUGUGCAGAAGUAUGGUGAAGGAAAUUGGGAGGAUAUUUUGCAUAAAUGUAACUUCGAUAAUACAAGAACGCCUGAUCAGUUAUCUCAGAGAUGGGCGCUGAAGCGUCCAGGAGGAUCAACCAAGCCUGCUAGCACUAAACACGCCUCUGUUGGCUUAGAGGAAAGAUCAGCAGCCCUCAAGGCACUUUCAUUGGCUGUCGGACCUAUGCGUGGAUCAUCUGCACUGAGAUCAGGAGCUUAUCCACAAAGCAUUCAGCAUAAGUCUACAGUGUUUGCUCCUAAGAUGCCAGAACUAAGAUCUGCAGUAACCCCUUCACCGGCACCAGCAGUGCCAGUCCCAGUUGCUAUGCCUCUGCGUGUGGCAGCUCAAGUACAGGCUCCGCCUCAUCAAGGGCAUCAAGCUCCUGCCCAUGCUGCACCACCAAAAUUGUUAAAUGCUUCAAAUAAGACACGGAAGAAGCAAGCAGCUCAGCCAAAUCCCACCAUCAGUCCUUCCUCAAUACAAGCAGCUGCGAUUGCUGCUGGUGGGCGACUUGCCACAGCCUCAACCGCCGCAAAUUUUUUAAAAGUCGCACAAUCUAAGAAUGCUGUGCACAUAAGAUCUCUAGGAGCAACAUCUUUGAAACCUUCCGCAAGCUUUAAGGCAUCGAUUGUGGUUGAGCAUGGAACACAACCUGGGGGCUCCCAGCACCUAGAACCUCUAAAUGCUAGUGCAGUUCAUGAUGUUUCAGGAGUUGCUGCAGUUAAUCAAUCAGGGCCACUUGCUGGGGCAUGUUCAGAGACUAAGAAGGCAUUGAGUACCGCACUAGCACCUGUCCCAUGCGACAGCGAGGAAAAGGAGGAUGACUCGGAAUUUUGUGUGAUUACGAUAGAUGAUCUGUUCCCUGAAGAUGCAAAGCAGCCAGAAACUGUGGAUACCAAGGCAAAGCAACCACAAACCACGGGUCUGAAGGCAAAUCAGCCAGAAAACGCAGAUCCCAAGGUAAUGCAACAAGAAACCAUGGAUCCCAAAUCAAAGCAGUCAGAUACAGUAGAGGUUGAGAUAGUUGAUCCGAAAGAUAAAGACAUGCUAGAGUUUGAUCAAUAUGUUGCUUCUCAAGGAGGGCACUUAAACACGGAUGAUCUGAAUAAAAGCAAGUGUACCAACAGUGUUUCCCAAGCCCAAGGUCUUGUUGGCAGCCAGCAAAAACUGAUUCCUGCGGAUGGGAAAGGUAGCCCUGUAACUGUGGUUGGGAAAGGCAAGCCUGUAACUGCUGGAGUGGCAGCAACUGGGAGGAAGACUAAAUUCCCUGUCUCACAUUUGGCAGCAGGGACCCCACGUGGCAUUGUUGACACAGUCAACGCCAACGCCCCAAAUAAAACGCUAGUAAGGAGGGCAGCCAUCCCUGCCCCUGUCCCUGCUGGUUGCCAAGUUAGGAAGGAUGCCAUGAACUCAAAAGGUAACCAAAUGACCCCUGGCAAUGCCGGUUCUGGAGUACCAGCCAGCAGUCAGACUAGCGUGGCUGCACAAGCUGCCAGCAAAGCAAAUCUACCAUCCAGCAGCAGCCAGGCCAAGCCCAAUAACAUGGUGGUGAAUGGUGGUAACAGGCUAGUGGUUAAUCCACCGUCCAGCAGCCAAGCUAGUGCGGCCGUGAACGACGCUAACAGGGCUGCGACACCACAGUCCAGCAACCCUGUCAACGGUGCCAACAACAGAGAGGUUAAUCCACCACCCAGCAGCCAGGCUAGCACAGCCGUGAAUGGUGCUGCUAACAAGGGGAAUGUGCCAGCAGCAGCCAGGCCCCCUUAAUACAGUAAAUUUUGUAAUGAUUCCCGUAGGACUUGUGUGCGUGGAAGAAAUGUGUAUAGGGCAUUAGGCAGAGGUCAUGUCAUUCUUUUCGCCUUGCAUUUGCAGUUUGCACCCGUGAACUGGAGACCACUAGGUUGGAAUGGUUUUUUGGCUGCUAUCUCCUGCUGGCCAGUUCCCUUGUGAUGUAAAUUUUUGAUGCUUGUGUUUGUUUACUUGCGCCCGAGAUGAUGGUGCCAACUUUGUGCCUGUCUGGACAGAUCAUUCGCAUCUCUUAGGGGCCGUUCGUUUCCAUUGGAAUAAACCCGGUUUCGUU